GCACUGCUGCUGCUUCAGCUCUUAGCAAACUUAUUAAAAAUGUUUUAAUUCGUGCAAAAUAAGCCACGAAAAUUGUACAAAAACGUGUUAAAGUUAAAGCAAAGUGUUUGUUUAAUAAGGAAAUGUUAAAAUCUAGUCGGGAGAAGCAAAGAUGGCUGCUUUUCAGCUUGUGGAUGUGGAUGGCGUCAGCAGGCGACGUCAUGAGUGGAGUGGGAGUGGGUGGGGGAGUGGGAGGGGGUACAGGUACAACGACAACACAGAAUGCAUUGUUAGCCGCAGGUAAACAACAACAACAACAAGAAAACAAACAAUUGCCAGUUUGUAGUCGAAUGUUGAGACACGUCUUUGAGAAUGCAACGCCAAGAGACGAACAGCAAGCGGGAAUCUUUGUGGAAUACAAACCGGAAGUGGGACAAGUGCUGGAUGAGGAGACAUAUCUCUGGAACUGUCUGGAAGCAUGCUGUGAAAAGUCACAGUUACAAACACAGUCGCAGUUACAGUCGCAGUCACAGAACCAGUCACAAGUCACUGCUUGCAAUGUUGUGCUAGUUUUCAAGAGUAAAUGCUAUCACAUCCACUGUGCCAGUAAUGAGGCCUGUCUACCGAAGCCUCUCUCCCGCGAGCGUGACAAUGACAAGGUGCAAAUGGUGCUCGUCAAUCCCGUGGGAGAUUCAGCCAAGACCUGGACGCAACUGCUCAAGUCCACCAAACAGCAGGCGGAGAUUUUACCCUACGAUUCCGCGGCUCUCAACUUUUGGAAACAACCACGACGUCUGGCAUUUCAAGAUAGCAAUGCCUACGAUGAUGAUGAGUUUCCCAUAGCGGAGAAGCGCAUGAAACAGUUGCUGAUGCAACAGCCCGAAGAUAACGAUGAGGAUUUGAGUUAUUAUGGCGGGUCCGAUGCGAAAUUCCUGAGCUGUGAUCUGGACACACCCUGUCCACUGCAGGAGCAGUGUGUGCCGCUCCAGAAUGCAGUGACGGGUAUAUGCCGAUGUAAGCAUGGAUUCAUGAGGAAUAAGCAGCUGAAAUGUGUGAUGCCUGUGGUGCCGUACAGUGCCUACAGUGAGGUCAUCCCGGAGGAUGCACAGGAGGCAGCUGCCAGCGAGAAUGUGCCAGAGAUUGCUGUGGUGCCGCUACCAGGGAAACAGGAGGCCAGCAAGAUUAUUGUUGUCUCUGUCAUGUCCAAGGAUGUGCAGUUGCCGGAGCAGGAGGUGACCCUCGCCGCCUUCACAGUUCCCGAUGAGCAGACGAGUGGCACCAAAUACAAAUAUCUGUGGACACUGAUAUCACAGCCCAAGGGACCCAUGAAUGGCACCAUUUCGGAUCAGAGCAAGUCAAAGGUGAAGUUGUCGAAUCUCUCGGAGGGAUUGUACACAUUUAAAGUGACUGUGACCGGAGAUAAUGGCACCUUUGGAGAGGCAGCUGCCAAUGUGACUGUGCUGCCCGAGCGAAGGAUUAAUCAGGCACCUCAGGUGGUUAUUUCACCACGUGAACAGAUCAUCCGGCAACCCACAUCGAAUGCGGUGCUCGAUGGCAGCACCAGCACCGAUGACGAUAAGAUCAUCAAUUGGCACUGGGAAGUGAUUUCGGGACCCAUUGGCUAUCAGCCUCAGUUGCCGGAGGUGAAUACACUCCAAUUGGAUCUCACAUCGCCGGGAAACUAUACCUUUAAAUUAACCGUAACGGACUCGAACAAUGUGACCAACUCCACCACAGCCACCAUUGCCGUGCUGAAGGAAACGGACUAUGCUCCAGUGGCGAAUGCUGGAGAUGCCGUCAUCUUGUAUCUGCCCAAUAAUAAUGUGACUCUCAAUGGCACCGCCAGCUCGGAUGAUCAUGAGAUUGUCGCCUGGGAAUGGACCAAGGAUGCUAGUGAUGAGGCCAAGGCCGUGGACAUGCAGAACACAAGAACUCCAUAUGUACAACUCUCCAACCUGGAGGAGGGCAUGUACACCUUUGUCCUCAAGGUCACCGAUGGCAGCGGACAGUCGAGCACCGCCAAGGUGCAUGUGUUUGUCAAGCCACCAACGAAUUCUCCGCCUGUGGUGAAAGCGGGCCUCAAUGUGACGAGCAACUUGCCAGCCAACUGGGCGCUUUUAAAUGGCUCGGAGUCUAAGGAUGACAUUGCCAUCAAGAGUUAUCAAUGGAAGCAGUUAAGUGGACCCAACAAUGCAGUCAUACUCAAGUCAAAUCAAUCUAUUGCCAAUGCAACAAGUUUAACGCUUGGACUCUAUGAAUUCGAAUUGAGCGUAGCGGAUGAGAACAACAAUACGGCGACAGACACCACUUGGGUGAAGAUUGUGCAGGAACGCAAUGCGGCGCCAAUUGCCAAUGCUGGUGGAGAUCGCACCAUUACGCUGCCUGUAACAGCCAUUUAUUUGAAUGGUUCCCAAUCCUCGGAUGAUUUGGCAGUGGUUAAAUAUGCCUGGACACGUGAGGAUAACAGUCUGGCAGCAGGUGUCAUCGUUGGAGACACGGAAAAACAGUCAAUAAUGAUUCUGACAAAUGUGGUGCAAGGACGUUACGUCUUCAAGCUGACUGUAAGCGAUGAUCAGGGAUUAACUGGGACUGAUACGGUCAGCAUAAAUGUGCAUGCGGAUCCCAUGUUGAUGUAUCUGGUGGAAAUGACGCUGCCCAUGGGCAUCUCGGUGAUAACCAAGAGCGAACUGGACUCCACAGUGCAAAAAUUGCAACUUUUACUGGGCGACGACAAUAAGAUCAAAAUCAGGGAACUCAAAUAUGAUCUGCACACGGAGGCAGCAGUUCUCGUCUUCUAUGUCCUGGCAAAUGGAGCACAAUCGAAGCCUUUGAAUGGACUUCAUGUGGAGCGUUUGCUGCGUGCCAAGCUGCAAAAGGAUGCCUCUAUUUUGGGUGCACUUUAUGUGGACAUUAGAACUACAAUUUGUCAGAAUAAUUGCUCGGGACAUGGCAGAUGCAAUCCCGCAACGAGAGCCUGCGAAUGUGAGGCAUUUUGGAUGCCCUCCGUUGGCUACUUUCUGGACAACGAUGAGGCCAAUUGCGAUUGGUCGAUAUUGUACGUGUUUGUGGGCGUCAUUGCCAGCUGUCUGCUGCUCUCGGGAAUCUUCUGGGGAAUUGCCUGCGCCUGUCGUCAGACCAAGAAGCCGCGCAUGCGUCAAAAGGUGCAGAAAUAUUCGCUAAUUGGAGCACAAGACGAGGAGGCAGCUAAUUAUUCGCGCAAUACUUCGCUAACUGAAUCGGAGACGGAUUCGGAUGUGCUCUUCGAGACGCGAUCCAAGAGCAAUGGAAUUGGAAAGCACAAAGGUCAUCAGAGCAGUUCACAUGGCAGCGGAAGCAGCGCUGGACGAGAUGGCAACAACAAAUAUGCGAAUUCCAAAUUGGGACGCAAGAUCAAGACAUAAACAAAAGACAACUAUUUGUAUACCUAAGUGUGUGUGCGAGUGUGAAUGUUUGCGUGUGUAUGCGUGUGUGAUAUAUCUAUAUAUAUAUUUGUAAUUUGUAUUUCUAUAUAAUCAUCUAAACUAUAUGUACUUGGAUAUUUUGUACUCGCAUUCUACAGCUAUCUAUUUAUAUGUAUAUGUAUCUGUAUAUGCAUUUGUAUCUGUAUCCUAUUUGUGUAUGUGUGCGUGUAUGUUCCUUUUACUAUUAUGUGAUAUGUGCACAACCUCUUGUUUAUUUUUAAGCUUUUUAUUAUUGUUUAUCGCUUAGUAUUAUUUACGCCGCUGCUGUGCAAUAAACCUUUUGGUUAAUUUUACAGAAUUUUUAUGAUUUUGUGCAUUUCUAGGUAUUGUUUACGAUUGUAUUGUGUAUAUAGCGAUAAAAGUUCACAAUCAAUGUAAUAAAUUACAUGUAACUGCUUAAAAACUGAAA